AUGGAGAUUUCUAUAACGAAGGUGAAUGGAAAGAGCAUAAACCUAGAGCUUGAUGAUAGCUCCGACACUAUCAACCUCAAGAUCCAUGGACUUACCUGUAAAUUGGUUCUUCGUCUAGGUCCAAAACUGGAUUCGGAUUCGGAUUCGGAACCAGGGCCAACCAUGAGGAUAUUUGUGUCGACUCUUGGGGGGAAAACAUUCGACCUAAAUGUUGAGGAGACCGACAAUACUGAAAUCGUCAAGAACAAGAUCCGUGGUCUUGAUGGCCCACCAGUGGACCAGCAGAUACUGAUCUUUAAAGGCAUCAAGCUCCUAAGCAGACGCACCCUAGCCAGCUACGGUAUCAAGUCGGGUUCGGACCUUUUGAUGAUGUCGCAGCUGUGCGGUUGCUAA